AUGUUGAUGAUAAAUAACAGUCAGGCGACGGAAAUUUAUGGUCAAGAGACAACCGAGUACAAUCAACAAUAUCAACCGAAAAAAAUGGCUAAUGAAUUGCAAUCAGAAGAACUGGCAUCAUGCUUUAAGUUCUGGUAUAAGUUAGACGAUAAAUACGGUGAGUGCGCUGAAGAGAUAACGGAAUUAGAUCAUACCACAGAGCACUGUAAUCGACUAACGGCUGCUAUGACGACCACAGACAAUCGGGUUGAGAGUAGAGCUACAAACAAUGCAUCAUCAUCAAAAUAUUUGAUUUUUUGGCUUGAUUGUACAAAUAAUGACUCGCUGUACAAAACAACACGUCAUUUGCAAGCUAUAUAUUUUAAUAAUCCUCAAAAAUGUUACAAUUCUCUAUUGAACAACUCUGACAAGAAACUUUUUUUGAUUUUAUCUGGUGAUAUUGACGAGGCACUCUUGACACAUAUUUCCGCGACGGAACUUGUUGAACACGUUUACAUAUUUUCUUGUCCUAAAACAAUACCGAUAAAACAAUACUAUCCAUUAGUUCCCGACCCAUUUGAUCAGAUGGAUGCUAUGUACGCACGAAUAAUCGAAGAUUAUGUUGCUUCUUGUCAGACAGAUCCACUAAUGUUUAUGGUCAUCAACAAUAGUAUAAAGCACAAGUCUUUCCAACAACUGAACACUGACGAAGCCUCGUUUGUUCAAAUGCAGUUAGUAAUCAAUGGAUUGCUUGAAGUGAAAUAUUCUCAGAAUGCUAUAAAUACUUUGGCUGAUCAUUGUCGACGAUUGUUCAAAUCUAACAGAGAAAUUUUAACGCAAAUCGAUAAAUUCGAAAAAUAUUAUCAGCCAGAGAAAGCAAACGAAUGGUACCGAAACGAUUCAUUGCUAUAUCGAUUAUUGAACAAAGCUCUACGCUCGAAUGAUCUUAAUGUCUUAUUUCAACUCGGAUUUUUCAUAUCUGAUAUUCAUAGUCAACUUUGGAAAUUGAGCAGAAAAUAUACUUUAAAUACUGCUAACACAUUAACUGUGUAUCGUGCACAGCUCCUAGUUUCCGAGCAGUUUGAACGAAUACAAAACAAUAUUGGUGGAUUAAUAGCGAUGAGCGGCCUUAUUUCAACAAGUGUGAAUCGACUAGUAGUUCGACAAGAUUUAAUUGAAACUUCCGAAACAUUUCCGGAAACGAAAUCAGUUUUGUUCAAAAUUUUCGUUGACAAGACAGUAUGCAUACGACCGUUUGCUGACUUGAGCACAUUAAGUCAUGCGCAGUCUGAAAAUGAAGUUCUCUUCUUAACUGGUUCCGUAUUUCGAAUCGUAUCAGUGUCGGAGAAAGAUAAUUGCGUUCAUUUAUCGCUACAGGAUAAUGAACAAAUAGAAAUAUUUGAUUGGAUAACAGGUAAUAUUGGGGAAGAGCCGAACUUGAUUGCGGUGGGAAAACUCUUGAUAUCACUUGGACAAACAGAAAACGCCGAAAGAUAUUAUCAAAUGUUAUUGGAUAGCCACUUGUUAGAUAAUGGUGACCCGACUUUAGUAAUAAAAUCAAAAUGCUAUUCAGCUAUGAGUAUGAUUUACAACAGUCGUGCUUUACGAAUGGAAAAUAGUGACAUUCUAUAUGGUUGUCAUCACUAUAUUAUGGAUUUGUAUGCUCAAAUAAAAGAAGAGAGGAGCGCACAAGCGGUUAUAUUGCCGUUAUAUCGUAGACAAUGGAUAUCACAAGAAGAACUGAAUGCUUUGAAAAAUCAUGUCACUGCGUUCAAUCCGUCAAAUUGUUUUAUAUCACUAUUGAUAGAUCAAAAUAUUGCUGCGCAAUUUGUUCAAAAUACAGCAAAGAAAAAUGAUACCGAAAACACAGUUUUGUUUGAAGCCAUCGUUGAUUCAGCGAUAAAUGCGUUUACUGAUGCACAAAAGUAUAGUCAAUUUGAGGAUGAGUAUGCGACUCUUUUAUAUCCUGGCGCUAUGUUCAUAACUGAAGAUGUUGUAAAUGAGAAAGAGUUAAAUGAAUGGGAUGUGCAUUUGACAGUAGUAGAUGAAUCGUCAAAAGGUGUUUGGAAAGAAAUUGACGAACUUAACUCGUACAUUUCAUUUGGUCAUGUGCUAGACGUGCGAUGUCAAGUGGAAAAGACGGAAAAUUGUUUUGGUACUUUGCUGAAGAUACGGCCAAGAAAGCAUGAAAACGUUACGAGUGCCAUCCAAAGCAAUUUUUACGCACAUCGAAUAAACUACCGGCGCCUGCUAGCACUAGCGCUCCUGACUGAAGCAUCGGUCGCUUACCGAUCGAUAUCGCCAUUUAGUUCGUGUCUGCGCAGAGUUUUCUUAUCUACCUGGAUCGAUUACCUAUACGCAGACAAGCAAGGCUUUGGUUGUGCCACAGAAUAUGGCCAAUGGUCGCGAAUGCUGAUCAAUAAUCAGCUGAUUAGACGAUUGGAUCACAACAUUGGUGCUCAUAGAAAAAGAAGUGGCUUUGAUGUUUCUUUUGAUUGCUGUGCAAAGAAAAUGAAAAUUGAAGAAAAUAUACUGUUAGCAAAUCGUCACAGACGAUAAUGGCAGAAAUACUGGACUAAAGUAGGGUUGACAGAAUAAACACUUGCUGUGAUUUACUUCAUUAAAUACAUCCAUCGAGAAAUUUCGAAGACAUCAAAAAUGGGGAAAAAUUUACGAAAGCAAAAGCUUGAGUUUAUUUAGCAUUUUGAGCAAAAACUUGAAAAAACAUUUUCGAAGAACGGCGUAGAAUGCUGGAAGUGGAUUCAUUUUAUAGUGCAGUCUUUCCUCUACAUUAGCCUGUGUUCAGCGCAAAAUAGCACGUUUUUCUAAAAAGGAGAAGAAGUUACUUCGACUUUGGUUAGAUGCAGGACAUGAUCGAAAAUUCGAAAUAUUUUCUUGAACAUAGAUGAAAUCGUCAAAUUUUAUGGUAUGAAGUAGCUUUUCCGUAGAAAUUCGAAAUUCUUCGGCAAAUUUCAGGCCUGAGGAGGACCAAAGGCUUUAUAUUGAGAAAAGUUUGUUUAAACUUUUAUGUCGAUACAUUGCCUAUCCAUAGGCUGCUGUGUAAACUCUUGCCGUUUGCAUGACAUAUAGAUAUCACUCUUGAAUCCUGAAUUUGUGCUGGUGGUACUGCAUGAGCAGUUAUGGAAUAACAAGUUGGUGUGCGCUUUGGAUGUUCUACUUCUGGUUUUAACCACGCAGUUGUUGUGACCAUGUCUCCAGUUUUUGAUGCCUUUUACAUAGAACUUUAACGGGUGGAAAUAAAAAACAUCGAUUGUUGCUCAUUGAAUGAUUUUGUUAUUGAUUGUUGUGGAAACAAUGUGAAUAAAAAGUAUUAUUAUUGUUGUUGCUUCUGAACUAGACUAAUUAUAAAUGAUGUUCAUCUUUUCUUCAAAACUGAUUUUAUUUAUAACUCAAAGCUCUUGCGGUUAACUCCUUCUUCUGAUCCGGCUAGCCAAUAUUCUAAACAGAAUUUUAUGCUCGUUCACCCUAUGACUUUGACACGAUUUUUAGAAUCCCCUGCAUGAAGUUCCUGUCAUGCUCCAACUUCUGAGAACAACAACAUCCUGUUUUAAACGCGCUG